AUGUGCGUUUUAUUUUCCUGGCUGUGCGUUGCGGGGGAAGGCGUUUGCGACGAUGACACGGCUAUCUGCUACUGUGACGGGCCCAUGGGUCGCGUCCCUGCGCCGCCGGAUGCCCCGCCCGGCACGCCGCCCAUCCGAGUGGGACGGCCUCUCAUUACCAUGCACCAUGCGCCUAAGACGACCUGGAACGGCUCCUGGGCGUUCGGCGAGGUACCGUACGACAACGUGUACGGCCCUCAGGGCUAUUGCAACGUGACGGAUCCUAUCUGGGUGCCUGGCUGUGGCAUGGACGGGUGGGGCGGCCGCACGUGCGACCAACCCGUGGAGGCGUUUUGCCCGGGGGCGUGCAGCGGACAUGGACAGUGCUACCUGGGCUGGUGCAUAUGCGACGCGGGGUAUUACGGGCACGACUGUGCGCGAAGGCGGGCGGGGCUGUCGCCGCUGCCUAGCGGCAUCCGCCAAAAGCGGUGGUUGGAGGGGGUUGUGGGUUCGGAGCCCCCCGCCGCGAUGGAGCCCCCGCCUCGGGCGGAGCGCAGGCGGCCGCUGAUCUACGUGUACGACCUGGAACCGCUGUACCAGAGCAAACUCCUGCAGUACAGGUGGCCCGACAACGGCACCCAGUGGACGGACGUGUGGGUGUAUGCGGCCGACACGCUGCUGCACGAGUCGCUGCUGAUCAGCGAGCACCGGACCUUCGACCCGGAGGAGGCGGACUUCUUCUAUGUGCCGCACUACGCCUCCUGCCUGCCCUUCCCCAUUGGGGUGUGGGCGGAUGCGCCGUGGUUCCCGGAGCCGGGGGCUCGGGCUCAUCACCAUCUUUGCGAGGUCCUGCCCGCAACUCGGGUCAUUACUGUCACAUGCCGAUUGCCGGUCAACAGAGGUCCCCGUGUGAAGCAGAUGGUCAACAUGGUUCGUGACACGCUGGACUGGAUUAACUCCACCUUUCCGUACUGGCGCCGUCGCGGCGGACGUGACCACAUCUGGCUGUUCACACACGACGAAGGCGCCUGCUGGGCCCCCACCGCUAUCAACGCCUCCAUAUGGCUCACGCACUGGGGCCGUACGGAGCUAAACCACACGAGCAACACCGCUUUCCUGGCCGACAAGUACGACAGUGACUUUGCAGGGCCCCUACAGCCCGAGGGUUUCGUCAAGUACAUCAAGGGUCACCCCUGCUUUAACCCGGAGAAGGACCUUGUUAUCCCCGCGUUCAAGGCGCCCAGUCACUAUCACGCUAGUCCGCUGCAAGGCAACCCGGCCCGGGAGCGGGACCUGUUGUUCUUUUUCAGGGGCGAUGUGGGUAAAAAUCGACUGCCCAACUACAGCCGAGGAGUACGGCAACAGAUUUACAAGAUGGCCAAGGAGGGCGGCUGGGCGGAGAAGUACCGCUUCUACAUCGGCGACGGCAGUGAUGUGGAGGGCGACUACUCGGAGAUGCUCUCCAGGGCGAUAUUCUGUCUGGUGGCCCCCGGUGAUGGCUGGUCGGCUCGCAUGGAGGACGCGGUACUCCACGGCUGCAUUCCCGUGGUCAUAGCGGACGGAGUGGAGGCCGUGUUUGAGAACGUUCUAGAACUGGACGCCUUUGCGCUGAGACUGCCGCAGGAGGCGGUGCCUCGGCUGCUGGACGUACUUCGGGCGGUGCCGCAGAGGGCCAUUCGCAGCAAGCAGGCGCACCUCGGCAGGGUGUGGCAGAGGUACCGCUGGGCAUCCCUUCCCAAGUUGGAUGAUGCGUUCGCCACCAUUAUGCAGUGGCUGCAUAGCCGCAUCCCGCACACUCGCUAA